CUUGCAAGUCCUAGAUGGGUGGAGAGCAAGAGUCUGUGGUUGGGGAAGGUGCGUGCUGCAAUCAAGCACUGUGCACAGAUUUGCUGCGCUGCGGUGCGCCCCGUCCUCGGAAAGCAAAGAGCCCUCCCUCACAUUCAGGGAAAAAUCCAGUUCAAGAACGUUGCAGGCAAGAAGCGGCGGCCCACCUGUCCCGGCCGCGCCCGGCAGCCUCUGCUAGUCGAGAAGAAAGCCGGGGCGCUGGGGAUGGCCGGCCCUUGCUCCGAGAUGUCCGAGGCGUGGGCGGUGGAGCCCUUUCGGGUAGCCCAGUCUCCACCAGCGGCCUAUUACAUUCCAGAUUUCAUCAGUGAAGCAGAGGAGCAAUGCCUUUUGCAACAAAUUUAUAGUGCCCCGAAGCCAAAGUGGACUCAGCUGUCUGGGAGGAGGCUGCAAAACUGGGGAGGGCUGCCCCACCCGAAAGGGAUGGUCCCAGAGAAACUGCCCCCCUGGCUCCAGGGCUAUGUGGAUAAAGUGUCUUCCCUUGGCAUCUUCGGAGGAAAGCUGGCAAAUCACGUCCUGGUGAACGAGUACCAGCCUGGCGAGGGCAUCAUGCCCCACGAGGAUGGCCCGCUGUACUUCCCCACCGUCACCACCAUCAACUUAGGGUCGCACACCCUCCUCGACUUCUACCAUCCCGUCACCAGAGGACCACAGUCCGGAAGCCAAGAGAAUCCUGCCCCCCAGACGGAGGAGGAGCGUCACGUCUUGUCCUUACUACUGAUGCCCCGUAGCCUCCUGGUCUUGCAGGAAGACAUAAUGCUGGCAUGUCAAGAGGGAGGAGCUGAACCUUGGGGUGUCUCUGAUGUGCAAGGAAUGCCUCUAGGUGUGCAAACAAGUCUCCAGAUGUUCUUGGAAGUGUUCUGGAAUUUCAGGUUGCACCUUUUGAACUGUUGCCUCUGUUGGAGCAGCCGGACCCUCCUUGCCCGCAGGAGGCGAUGGGCAGGAAGAGCUCUGAGCCAGCCACCCACUCAGGAUCACCAGCGUUGCGUGUCUUCUGAGCGGGAUUGUGUGUGUAACACGGUGCAGCUCGAAAAGGACUUUGAAAUGCUUGUGCCAAAAAUGCUGAUGUUUCUUUCAGCAUGGAUAAACUAUGCAAAUAAACUCCAAUAAUUGUAUUUCGUUUAUGCAGCUUCUUCUAAUUAAGUAGAGGAUUAAACUGUUUCAAAGUUUUGUCCUCCGGCUGAUGUUCAAACAUUUUCCAGGGUUGAGGUGCAUCCGGUGUUGCUGCAGACUUACAUUGACAGAAAGGCCAGCAGGUUGCUUAAAACUUUUAAAAAAGGGGGGGAUUCUCAAACAGCCCUUGAGGGCAACUUCUCUGUUGCCGUGCGAGAUGCAGAGUUGUGUGAUAUUUCCAUCAGCCAUCCUUCCACUGGUCUAGCGGGGAAGGAUAAUGGGAGCUGUGGUUCAGUAACACAGAGAAGGUCAUUUUGGUUUGUCAAACCCAGUUUGUUGGUUAGCCACUUUAAUGUUUUGGCUAGCCAUCUUCCGGGCAGAAAGGUAGAAUAUCAACUGAGUAAAGAAAGAUCGUAAUUCCACAGCCAAUCU